GUUUCGUUGGAAAAGCAGUCACGGCUUUCGAGUGAAUAGGCCCAGCAAACCCCACUGAGAAGAGGAGCACUUGCCCUGACCUGACAGACAGACCCGACCGGCUCUCUGCUGCCAAUUCGCUACGCUACUUCCCCAGAACCCCUCCCUCCUCCAUUCACCACAGCUUCUUUCGAACCCUCGACCUCGCUCCCUCCACCCUCCACCCCCCAUAAUGCAGGUCCCAUUACUUCGGCUUCAGUGUGGUGUCAACAGCUAUGACUGGGGCAAGGUUGGCCAGGACUCGGCUGCUGCAAAGUAUGCCGCCACCACGGCGGCCUCCGACUUCUCGAUAGAGGCAGAGAAACCCUACGCCGAGUUGUGGAUGGGCACGCAUCCCUCCCUUCCCUCCAAAGAUGUCGAGACCCAGCGAACCCUACUUGAUCUCGUCCAAGAUAACCAGGCUUUGAUGUCUACGGAAGUCAGUGAGCGAUAUGGCGGGAAACUUCCUUUUCUCUUCAAGGUCCUGUCGAUUCAGAAGGCCCUCAGUAUCCAAGCCCACCCGAACAAGAAGCUUGCCGAGAAGCUCCAUGCCAGGGACUCUCGAAACUACCCUGAUGACAACCACAAACCCGAGAUGGCUAUCGCGAUCACCCCGUUCGAAGGACUGUGUGGCUUCCGGCCGUUGGGUGAAAUCGUCCACUUUCUCAACGCAGUCACACCUCUCCGUGAGCUAGUGGGCAACGAAACUGCUACUGAGUUUGAGAACACUGUCAAGGGCUCUGAAAGCUCCGAAGAUCCCACUGUGACCGCAAAGAACAAGGAUGCUUUGCGCACCCUAUUUACAACAUUGAUGAAGUCGUCUCCAGAGAGCAUUGAGGCCGCCGCCCAGCAGCUUAUUGCGGCCGCUCAGGAUUCUCCUGACACCUUUGCAACGUCUGCCAGCACCCCCGAGACGAACCCGAGCAACCCUGGCGAACUGGCCGCCCUGACGAUCCGUCUGAACGGACAGUUUCCCAACGACAUCGGUCUAUUUGUAUUCUUCCUCCUCAACUUUGUCAAACUUGCCCCCGGGGAAGCCAUGUUCUUGAAGGCCGACGAUAUCCAUGCGUACAUCUCGGGCGAUAUCAUCGAGUGCAUGGCCUCGUCCGACAAUGUUGUGCGGGCGGGAUUCACCCCGAAGUUCAAGGAUGUGGAUACGUUGGCCGAAAUGCUGACGUAUUCCUACGCCCCGAUCGAGGAACAGAAGCUGGAGCCGACCGACUAUCCAUACGUUGUGCUCAAUGCGUCCGCCUAUUCGAGUGCCUCAUCCAGCUUGCUCUACGACCCCCCAAUCGAAGAAUUCAGCGUGGUAAAGACGGAUCUGUGGAGGACCGGCGCCAAGGCGACAUUCGACGGCCUAGUCGGUCCCAGCAUCCUGAUUUGUACCGGAGGCACGGGGAAGAUUUCGAUCGGCCACAAGACGGAGGAGGUAAAGGAGGGGUAUGUGUUCUUUGUGGGCGCCAAUGCCGAGUGUAUCAUCGAGAGUACGGGCACGGGGGAGGAGGCAUUCACAACAUACAAGGCAUUCUGCGACCUGACAGGGAAGGAAGAUAUGGUGAACGGAAACUAGGCUGUAUAUCAAAGUGAUAGCCAUCAGUAAUGGAUAGGGGCCCCACAUAUUCUUUUCCAUCGAGUGACAGGGGUACACGUACAGGGCUUGAACCUCGGUAUGUUCUCCGCGGCGGGGAAGCAGCGCGAGCCGUGGUCGGAUGGCCGCCCGGAGCGCGCGAUCAUCAUUGCAUCUCGAUUCGGGCCGAUCCUCGCUGACCGCUGGCGAUGCACCCUGGAACAAUGGUUUGGAUCGGUGUGCUAGAUUCAUGCAGGGAGAGCGGCGGUGCCAGCCUGCUUUUGUCGGGCCCCUAGAGCACAUCCCAAGCCUCUCGCUCCCAUUCUCGAUCCCCCCUCUCUUCUGCCUUCUGCUUCCUCUCUCGCAAUCCCUCCC